GUGACAAGUGACACGAGCGAGGAAGUUCUUUCUUUCUUCGUAAAUUCCCUCAAAAGCUAGAAGAUAAUUAUUAUUUUAAAGACAAAUUAACCAUAUUUAAUCGAUUUAAUAAUUUUCUUAGAUUAAUAAUAAAAACACAAAAUGGUAUCUAAGAAAAAGAAGAAGUAUUCCUCUGGAGAAGGAGCACAAUUUAUGACUAGAAAAGCCGCUCUAAAGAAAUUACAACUAACACUCAAAGACUUCCGACGAAUAUGUAUUCUCAAAGGAAUUUACCCCAGGGAACCUAGGAACCGCAAACGCGCUCAAAAAGGAGCAGGCGGCAUAAAAACAUUAUACCACACAAAAGAUAUCAAAUUUUUAUUACAUGAGCCUAUAAUAUGGAAACUUCGUGAACUCAAGGUUUAUCAACAAAAGAUCCGCAAAGCCAGGUCUAUGAAGAGAUAUGGUUUAAUGAGGAAGUAUUUCCGUGACUACCCUGAAAUCAAUAUUGAUCAUAUUGUGAAGGAAAGGUAUCCAACAUUUGUGGAUGCAUUACGAGACUUGGAUGAUUGCCUUACUCUCUGCUUCUUAUUCAGUACUUUCCCAUCACUGAAAAAAGUACCUCGUGAUCAGUCCAUGCUCUGCCGAAGGUUGACAGUGGAGUUCAUGCAUGCUGUAAUUGCAGCAAAAGCACUCCGUAAAGUAUUUAUAUCAGUGAAAGGCUACUACUACCAAGUUGAACUGGAAGGUCAGACAAUCACAUGGAUAGUGCCACAUCAUUUUGCUUUCCAGCCUCAAAGCAAAGAUGAGGUAGACUUCAAGAUCAUGUCAACAUUUGUUGAAUUCUACACAAUGAUGCUUGGUUUCGUAAAUUUCAAGUUAUAUCAUUCUCUGAAUCUGGUUUACCCUCCGAAGCUUACUGCAGCUUUCUCUGCAAAUAAUGACAAAGACCUUAUAGAUGAACAGGCUUAUGUUUCGGAGAGAAUAGCUGCCAUGAACUUACCCCUCACCAAAGUCGAAGGAUCUAAUGAUGCUGAGGAAUUACCUGAAUUGGACAUUUUCAACACUGAAGAUGAAGACCCAAAAAAGUUGGAAGAAGCAAAACUGGAAGCAGAGAAAGUGAAGAAACUAAAGACAAUGUUCAAAGGGCUCAAGUUUUUCAUCAACAGAGAAGUCCCACGAGAACCCUUGGUCUUUAUUAUCAGGUGCUUCGGCGGUGAAGUCUCUUGGGACCGUGACCAUUUUGUUGGUGCCACAUUUGACGAGUCAGAUGAAUCUAUUACGUACCAGAUUGUUGACCGUCCCAGUAUGGAGAAACAGUACCUCUCUAGGUAUUAUGUCCAGCCACAAUGGGUAUUUGACAGUGUCAAUGCUAGAACCCUGCUUCCGAUUAACAAGUACUUGAUGGGAGCUGUACUGCCUCCACAUCUGUCACCAUUUGUUGAUAAAAUCAAGGACCAAGUGUACAUACCACCAGAACAAAGAGCUCUAAAUGAUCCUGACUUCAAACCUCUAAAUGAUGAAGAAGAGGGCAGCGACAUCGAAGAGGCCAGUGACGAAGAUGAUGAGGAAAAAGAGCAGGACUCUGCUGAGGAAAGUGAUGCUGAAGCUGCCCUGACAAGGCAGUACCAGGAGGAAGUGGAACAAGACUCUCCUUCGGAAGACGAGCAGGAUGACGAUGAAAUAGAUCCGGAGAAAAAGAAACUCGCUAAGGAGAAGAAAAAGGCAAUGGCAGUUUCCACUGGUGUAACUUACAAGGAACAUCCAUACCAAAAGGAAAUUGAAGAUAAACAGGCAUUCCGAUUGAGGGAAAAACUUGUGCGUAAGAAGCACAGGAACCUCUACAAGAGCAUGAAGGCUGGGCGGGAACAACGUAAGAAGGAAAUAUGGCUGCUCAGAAAGAAGAGGCGCCUUCAUGACGAGAAGGCUAAGGUUGAAAAAAAGAAUGAGAAAAAGAAACAAAGAAUGCAAGCCAUUGAAGCCGCUUCUGCGUAAAUGAAAAUAAAUGUUGCAUUUAUGAAAACA